AUGAACUCUACUGGAAAAUGUAUGGAGAACUCCCCUUCGUGGAGGGAUGUCCACCCCCCCAUACACAUCAUAACACACCCUAAACCCCCACAUGACACCACGACCGCGGCCUCAGAGGCUAGUGAUGACGACGGUGGAUCCGACGUUACCAGUCAUGGCACCAAUGAUGAUGCGAGCGACGAUGACGAUAUGUAUGCAGACCCCUUUGUCCUGCCCCGCUCGUCCAUAAAGCGCCCUUGCGAACCCACCUCCGAUGUGGAGAAUGAAGAUCCCCUUGCUGCACGUGUCGAAAAUCUUCGCCCAAGUACCCCUUUCCCGCUAUCCCCGGAACCCUCAAACGAAAUGCAGACAACUAUGCACCCUGCUCCCAGCACCACUGUUAGAACUGCUGCUACCGGAAGGUCGAACGUGAUCACCCGCCACCCCUUCACGGAUCUAGGCUGCAUCUCACGCCUUCUGUCACUUGCUCGCCCGCCCUUGGGUGCCAUGGGGCCACCCAGCUCCUCACUCUCAUCUAUUCCUUCUGGCUCCCCCACUCUAUGUGCACCGCAGUGA